UUAACAGCAGGAUUUGAAGUGAGCUACAGUGGUGUGCUGUGCACAGCAGUCAGACAGCUGGCAGAGAUGUGGCUGCUCAUGCUAACCGGCUUUGCUGAGAAGCUACUUUAUGCUUUUAGCCUCCAGCUGCUGACGUCUCUGUGGAAGAUCCUGAUACAUUUAUACUCCCCACUUGGGACACUGCUAUGGUUUGCAUGUGGCAAAAGGAGCAGUCAGCCCAGGGAGAAGAUAGAAGGGAAAAGAGAAGAGAUUGCAGGAGACGAAGAUGCAGCAGGGGUCUCUGUUAACCCUGUCAGUGUCAACUAUCAUUUCACACGCCAGUGUAACUACAAAUGUGGUUUCUGCUUCCAUACUGCUAAAACAUCAUUUGUGCUUCCCCUGGAGGAAGCCAAGAGAGGUCUCCUUAUGCUUAAAGAAGCAGGUAUGGAGAAGAUUAACUUUUCAGGAGGAGAGCCAUUUCUACAUGACAGGGGAGAAUUCCUAGGCAAGUUGGUGAAAUUCUGCAAAAAAGAACUAAAACUCCCCAGUGUCAGCAUCGUGAGUAAUGGGAGCCUGAUUAGACAGAAAUGGUUCAAGGAUUAUGGUGAAUACCUAGACAUUCUUGCUAUUUCAUGUGAUAGUUUUGAUGAGCAAAUCAAUGCACUGAUUGGCCGUGGACAAGGGAAGAAGAAUCAUGCGGAAAAUUUGUGGAAGCUGAGAAGGUGGUGUGCAGAUUACAGGGUUGCUUUCAAGAUCAAUUCUGUUAUUAACAGAUUUAAUGUGGAAGAAGACAUGAAUGAGCAGAUUCAAUCCUUAAAUCCCGUUCGCUGGAAAGUGUUCCAGUGCCUGAUCAUUGAGGGGGAGAAUGCUGGGGAAGAUGCCCUGAGAGAAGCAGAGCGCUUUGUUAUUAGUGAUGAGGACUUUGAAAAAUUCCUAGACCGGCAUAAAGCUGUCUCCUGUUUGGUACCUGAAUCUAAUAAUAAGAUGAAAGAUUCUUACCUCAUUCUGGAUGAAUAUAUGCGCUUUCUGGAUUGUACAAAGGGCCGAAAGGAUCCUUCUAAGUCAAUUCUGGAUGUGGGAGUAGAAGAGGCCAUAAAAUUCAGUGGCUUUGAUGAAAAAUGUUUUUAAAGCGAGGAGGAAAGUAUAAAUGGAGUAAAGCAGACCUUAAGCUGGACUGGUGAAGAUCAUGAAAAUGUUGGCACACAUGAAAAGGGAAUCCUGAAGAUAAAUGAGUGCUCAUCUUUUUCAGCAUUGUAAUCCUGUUUCUGAAUUACAUCUGAACGACAUCAUAUUUUUUUAUCAUGCAGACGAUCCAUAGGAUUUUAGACCUUACAGGUCAUCUGUUCUAACACCUUCAUUUUGCAAAGGCAGAAACCAGCAACCACAGACACUGCCGUAUGAUACAUGUUAAAGAGACAAAUAGGAAAGCUUAACAGGACUUGAAUGCUUCUUGCAGCACCCAGUAUGAUCACAAGGGGGCGUAUGGCUAUUAUGGAAUACUCUCCACAGUAGAUAGUUGUGUGGAACUAGGUAGGCUUUUGCUUGGAGGUAGCAAUGACACUGUCAGAAAAACUAGUAAACUAGACCCAUUUUUGUUCAGAAUGACUUUCUAAGGAUAAUAUAACUACUUUAAUGAAAAUAAUGUCCUGUUAUUUGGCUGAAUUGAUCUUUCCAACAAGUGGGAAAGAAAAUUUAUCUGCAUGUGUUUUGUUUUUGUUUUUAAUUUUUUUUUCCUGCUUAAGUUUUGUUUAAGGCACUGAACUCGUAAUCAGAAAAACUUUGGUUUGAAUCCUGCCAAAACGAUGCUUUCCAGAUCUAAAUCUAUAGUGCUAUGAUCUGUCCAACUACCUAGUUUACCCCUCACUUAUUCACUACCAGAUUCCAGCCUAUGAUUUCAAAGCAUUCAUUCAUUUAAUACACAUUUCUUAAUUACCUACUGUUUGCUAGGAACUGUGCUAAGCAUUAGAUA